UUUACACAUACCCCUCUUUCAAAAUUCUACCGCACCGCCACCGCCAAUUCCUCCGCCGCCGCCGCCGCCGCCGCUACAGCCAUGUCCUCCCCCCGCCGCCUCCCCUCCGACACCGAAGAUCCCGCCCCUCCCUCCCCCGCAAAGCCCGAUUCCCCAUCUCCGCCGCCGCCGUCGAAAUCCGCCGCUUUCCCCGGCCGCGAGGAUUGCUGGUCGGAGGAGGCGACGCGGACGCUGAUCGAGGCGUGGGGGGCCCAGUACAUCGGCCUGAACCGCGGCAAUCUCCGGCAGCAGCAGUGGCGCGAGGUCGCCGACGCCGUCAACGCCGCCCACGCCACCAAACUCCGCCGCUCCGACGUCCAGUGCAAAAACCGCAUCGACACCACCAAGAAGAAGUACAAGAUCGAGAAGGCCAAAUCCGUCCAAUCCAACGGCCGCUACGCCUCCUCCUGGCCCCACUUCCACAGCCUCGACGCCCUCAUCGGCGACUCCUUCUCCAAAUCCGCCGCCGGAAACAAAAAUCACCGCCGAAAAAUCUCCCCGCCGCCGGAGAUCUCCCCAUCUCCGUCCCCGUCCCCGUCCCCGUCCCCGUCACCGGAGCCGAUCUCCGGCCACCGGAAAAUCUCACCGGCGAUUAACCGGAGCCCCCUGCUGAGGCUUCCGUGGUCGGUGCCGGUGGGGCCCAGGUCGAAGCGGUCGGGCAUGGGCGGCGUCACCGAGCGCAACUUCUCCGUGAUGGCAGCCGCCGCGGCCGCGAUGGAGGCCGGCCGGGACGAGGUGUAUGGCGACAGCGGCCUCCCGUCGGCCGCAGCCAAGAGGAGGAAGAAGGCGACGGAGAGGCGAGACGGGUACCGGAUGUUGGCCGCGGCGAUAAUGAGUUUGGGUGAAACCUAUGAGAAAGUUGAGGUUGCGAAGCAGAGGCAGAUGGUGGAGUUUGAGAAACAGAGGAUGCAGUUUGCUAAGGAUUUGGAGCUUCUCAGAGCUCAGGUUCAACUUGACAACCUCAAGCACUUCCCCAAAUAUUACUAACAGUUAAUUGAAGAAGUGGGAGAAAGAUUUGGCAAAGUGAUGGGCUGAUGAUCCUUUUGGAAAAUACAAGUAGCUGUUCAUCUUAGUUAGUAGCUAAUAUACGUACAGGUUUUGCUAAUUUUAGAUUAUACAGUAAUCUAUAAUUACUGGGUUUGGUAUGAUGAAAAACUAUGUUGGUUGAAUACUGUGAAAUGUUUUUUUUGUGUUGACUUAGCCCACUGGAAUAUUUAUAUUGUAAUGUAGCUACGAAUGGGUUUGGAUAUCUAUAUCAAGCUUUAAUUUCGAUGAA